AGGAAUAAAAUGUUUUAAGUUAUGUCUUGUAUAGCACUUCCUAGCAUCUGCUAAAAGUGGACCGGUGAAUAAUGUAAAGCCUGGACAAAAGAUAACUCGCAUUUUUAAUGUACGAUAGAGUUACAGUUGACUUGAAAUAUAUGCCUAAAUUGUAAACUAUAAACCAAGCUGAUAAAGGACUUAUGACUACAAGAACCACAAGUCCUUUCCUAAGUUCAAGUAACAUCCACAACAAAUAAAAUGUAUUUACUAAAUGUAUCCCUAUCAAGCUUGAUCACCCCUGUCUCAGUUCAGUCGAGUUCAGUCAACCCUCCGCGCGCUUCCCGGUCUCGUAUCGCCACUCCUGCGCAACUAGUCGCACCGCAAACUUACCCAGGGAACGCUAUCAAGAUGCAGUGUUUCAUCUGUGUCACGUACAUGAUUAUUUUGUUCAGCACUAAUCCAACGAGACCGCGAGAAAUUGAUACAACACAUAAAGAACGCUCGCUGUUCCGAGAUGUCAUAGAAUCUCUUAGAAUCCACUCGCAACUACCUGAAGAUAUCAACCAGAAUGAUGAAAAUAAUCUAUCCCAAAACUUCAUUCGAUUUGGAUAUGAAAACGAACCUUCCCAUUUACCAAGUGACGCUGAUUACAUUCCAAGAAGAAACGACAGGAUUGAAAUGCCGACAUUAAAAUAUCGAUUCCCAAAAAGUUUGGAUGUCAAUUCAAGUGAAGAAAUACAACCUAGAGAAGAAGUCGUCGUGUUUAUUGAUACAAACAAACACAAAUCCACAACUCCAAAACCUAAAAAGAAACCUACAAGGCCUCAACUGAAUAAAAUCCAUAACCAGAACCGAAUUAAAGAAAACGAAGAAGAAGAAAACACGGAUAAUGAAACUGACGAUUAUAAUCCGUCGCUGAGCAAUACUAUGGCUGGACAAAGUCAUAUCGGAAACAGAGAAUCACAGACAGUACUAAAACCGACUGUCAUUGUAAACAUUCGAGGAUCUGUCAACCACAGAGAUAGCGACAUAAGAAUUGAAAGUCGAGAUGAAGACGCCAAAGCAGUGCCACUACACAACAUAUUCAACAUCAAUCAAGAAAUCAAGAUUGAAAAAGAAGGAAACAAGAAAAAGCCAGCGAACGUAAAGCAAGAAAUUCAUACGGUACCGGAAAAAGCGAAUGCCAAAGUUGAAGAAGACAUGAUGAUGUGUGAAACUGCGACCACUAAGCAGGAACUGAAUCAGAACCAGGAAAAUCGUAAAUUCGAUAACGUGUUGCAAAUACUGCUUUCCAUUUAG